GUCAGCAUGUUCAUCGUGAACUGGUUCUUCGAUGUGUUGGGAUACCUCGGCCUUGGCAACAAGAACGCGAAGAUCCUUUUCCUUGGACUUGACAAUGCCGGCAAGACCACUCUGCUCCACAUGCUGAAGGAUGACCGCAUUGCUACUCAUGUGCCUACUCUUCAUCCGCAUUCUGAGGAGCUUAUGAUCAAGAACAUCCGCUUCCGCACCUACGACCUCGGAGGGCACGAGACUGCCCGGCGCAUUUGGAAGGAGUGGCUUGCACUUGUGUUGGUGGGGGGGCUACUGUGGCUGGUGCUCCUCGUGCAGACCUAUCAUGCUCGCACUCUUCUGACGCGCACCAUGACGGCAGUGCUGGGUGUGAAUGCGCGGUUGCAGCAACUGGAGGCAGAGGUCCUUGGUUGGAGGACAAGUGCCAUGGUUGCGCAAGGUACGAGUUCCACGAUACCAGACGCUGAUGGAGGAGAUGCCACGAUGCAUGCCGAAUUUGAUCUGCAUGCUCAAUUUGUUCUUGCAUGUCAAGACGUGAGGGGGAUGACAAUGACGACCCAACAUGCAUGUGAUUGGAUGGGGUCGGCCACUAAGCUCAUCUCGGCUCAACACGAUGAGCUGGGAGACCUCACGAGGGCUCACAUUGAGCUCAGCAAGGCGGUCAACAAGAUGCUGGACGAUGCGGCAGCAACUCGGACAGCUGGCAGUUCGCCUGCUGACUCUAUCCCGGCUUCAUGGGUGCAAGAGCUGAAGGAUGCCUUGGCGCCUUCGGUCAAGGCCAUGAAGGACUUGAAAAGCUUGGUGGAGUCAGGGCUUAAUGGAGUCAAUCAGCAGCUGGCGGAUCAAGACCUCACGCCUUUCAAGGACACCCUCAAGGACUUCUUCAUCCGUUUUGAGGACGGAUGUGAAAAGCUCACUAAAGGGCUAGAGCUGCUGAAGCAGGGGGCUCCCAACACAGCAGGUGGGGCUAAUCAGCAAGUUCUUGAUGCUUUGGGGGCUAUGAAGACUGUGUUGCAGAACUUGGGCUCGCCCUCGAAAGAAGUUCUGGAUGCAAUCGCGACGGUGAAAGGUGCGGUUGAUCGCUGCACACAACAGGGCGAGAAAGUGGAGCAGGUCGCGCGAGCUAAGACGACGAGCAUAUACGAAGAGGUUGGCCUGCUCAAGGGGCAAAACAGCCAGCUCCACAAAGAUGGGUAUGCCUUGAUGAAGAGCUUGGAAAAGAAGAUGGAGCAUCAAUCAGCUAUUCUUGACGGCUUCGCUGGGUCACUUGCGCAGUUGACGGCGGCCUUUGGUCGGCCGCCUGCGGACUCGUCUGGAGUCACCAGACUGCUGGACACGUCGCUCUCGCAAGGGGAAAUGCUGAAAGAACUGGAGGGCCAUGUGGGUCAGAUGCGAGAUGCACAUGAUGAACUCCUGCAGCUGACACGGGAGGUGCGGGAACGCCAGCCUGAGAGGGCACCGUACCGUGAGCCACCUCGCGCAGCACAAGGACCACCUGAAGCACAGCAGCCAAGGGUGCAGCCACAGGUCAUCGAUCUGCAGUCUCGCAUUCCCUUGGUGAGGCCAGUCUUCUCCCACGCAGGCGUAGGUGUUGGUGCUGGCAUAGCUACAGUCACGUACAGCGAUGGCACCAGGGCAGCAAUUCGCGAGGACGAGAUUCGAGCCUUCACGGGAUGA